CUUUCACUUCGGAUUGGCUGUCCUGUCUUUACUACCCUCUCUUAUCUCAAAGUUCCGUGUUAACAGUCAGGCAUUUCAUUGUUUGAUUUGUAGUCAACAUUAUCAUUCAGGACUCUUCUGGCCCGCCGCUCUACGAUCUUUGCAGUCAUGUCUGACCGAGGCUCUUUUGAUACCAACGUGGUGACUUUAACCCGGUUUGUGCUGGAGGAAGGGAGGAAAGCGAAGGGGACAGGGGAGCUCACUACCCUGCUCAACUCGAUGUGCACGGCCGUCAAAGCCAUCUCCACAGCCGUGAGGAAAGCUGGCAUCGCCAACCUGUAUGGCAUAGCGGGCAGCACCAAUGUGACGGGGGACCAGGUGAAGAAGCUGGACAUCCUGUCUAACAACCUGGUUAUCAACAUGAUCAAAUCCUCCUUCACAUCCUGUGUCCUGGUGUCAGAGGAGGAUGACACAGCCAUCAUAGUAGAACCAGACAGACAGGGUAAAUACGUGGUGUGUUUUGACCCUCUGGAUGGUUCCUCCAACAUCGACUGCUUGGCUUCCAUCGGCACCAUCUUUGCUGUCUUUAGGAAGACGACAGAGGACGACCCGUGUGAGAACGACGCGCUGCAGCCCGGUAGGAACAUCGUUGCGGCUGGAUACGCCCUCUAUGGCAGCGCCACCAUGAUGGUACUGUCCACUGGGCAGGGGGUCAACUGCUUCAUGUUGGACCCGGCCAUAGGUGAGUUCAUUCUGGUGGACAGAGAUCUAAAGAUCAAACCGAAAGGGAAUAUCUACAGUCUGAAUGAAGGAUACUCCAAAUACUUUGACCCCGCUGUCAUGGAGUACCUGCAAAAGAAGAAGUUCCCCGAGGAUGGCAGUGCCCCGUACGGUGCCCGCUAUGUGGGUUCUAUGGUAGCAGACGUCCACAGGACCCUGGUCUACGGAGGAAUCUUCCUCUACCCUGCUAACGUCAAGAGUCCCGAGGGAAAGCUGCGUCUGCUGUAUGAGUGCAACCCUAUGGCGUUCAUCAUCGAGCAGGCGGGCGGUAUGGCAACCACAGGAAGUCAGAACGUCCUGGACAUUCAGCCAAUCAACAUCCACCAGAGAGUUCCCGUGGUGCUGGGGUCACCUAGUGACGUCCAGGAGUACCUGGAUAUAUACCAAAAACACCAGGCCAACAAUGGUAACUAGGGACCGCACACACCAGGCCAACAAUGGUAACUAGGGGCCGCACACACCAGGCCAACAAUGGUAACUAGCGACCGCACACACCAGGCCAACAAUGGUAACUAGCGACCGCACACACCAGGCCAACAAUGGUAACUAGGGUCCUAGUAACGAGGGACCAAGCAGGUACACACUCCCUAUGUAAAGACCCAUUAUAAACCAAGAGACCAAAGAUCCUCUAUAAGACUCAACGGGAUCAGCAUGCUGUUGACAUUACAUUACAUUUAAGUCAUUUAGCAGACGGACCAAGUGACCAACGAUACACCAACACUCCAUCAACCACUAGACUAGACCAAAGAUACACCCUCAUGCCUCACCACCCAGACCAAAGAAUAAGUAAACCAAGAUAGCCACCAACUACUUCCCAUCCUGGACCAGGAACUGAAGGGGAAGAGACCAUUUUACCUCGUAUUCCUUCAUUGUCAUUUAUUUUCAAAGAAUUUGCAGUACCUUCUCAGACCACUAUGGGGAACCAGUGUGUGAAAUAUUUAUCAGUACUCCUAAAUGUCAGACAGACCUAAUGUUACCUCUAUGCAGUAUAUAAGAUAUGUGCCUUGAAACAGAUAUUGUUUGGGAUGAUGAAGCAUGUGAAUAAUAAACCUUGGUGGUGCU